GCCAAUCGCUCCGUCUUGGUCACUGGAGCGACUGGUUUCAUGGGCAAAGUUUUAGUGGAAAAACUACUCAGAAAUACUCAAGUUGAAAAAAUAUAUCUGCUGAUUCGCGAAAAGCGAGGAAAAUCGCCAAAACAGAGAUUGCAAGAUUACAAAGACCAUAUGGUUUUCUCCAAAUUACGCCAGACUAGACCUGAUUGUUUGAAGAAACUCCAGUUAUCAGCCGGUGACGUAUCUAGACCAGGAUUAGGUCUUUCGUUAACAGAUAGAAGAGAGUUGACUGAAAAUGUGUCAGUUAUCUUCCAUUGUGCUGCCAAUGUCAGAUUUGAUCAACCUUUGGCCAGUGCAGUUCUUAUGAAUACCAAGGGAACUGCAAGACUCAUGAAAUUGGCAGAUGAAAUUAAGAACUUGCAGGCUUUCGUUCAUGUUUCUACAUCCUAUUGUCACUGUGGAGAAGAUGUGUUAGAAGAAUAUUACUAUCCAGCUCCCCAAGAUCCAAUUCGGAUAAUGCAGUUGACAGACUGGAUGGAUCCUGAAAUAUUAGAUGUUAUAACCCCCAAACUUCUAAAAUUGCUGCCAAAUACGUACGCCUAUACAAAAUGCUUAAGUGAAGAACUAGUAUCAGGCUAUGCUGAGAAAUUCCCAAUUGCCAUAGGAAGACCAUCAAUAGUGGUGGCAUCUUGGAAAGAGCCAAUUCCUGGUUGGAUUGAAAAUUUGAACGGUCCUACUGGUUUAUUGGUUGGAGCUGGAAAAGGUAUUAUACGAUCAAUGCACUGCAAUGAAAAUUAUUUAGCAGACUUGAUGCCAUGUGAUAUUUCCAUAAACGCCCUGAUAGCAUUAGCUUGGAAAGUUGGAACUACAAAACCAAAGAAAGCUUUUUAUUGUAACAUUACUGAAUCAGGUGAAAAUCCAAUAACUUGGGGCGAAGCUUUGGCAGCAGGAAGAAAAUAUGUAUAUCAAAACCCUUUCAGUAUGAUGUUAUGGUUUCCUGAUGGAAGUAUCAAGACAUCAGCUUUUUUCCAUGCACUGUGUGUGGUUUUCUUUCAUUUCUUACCAGCCUACCUAAUUGAUGGUCUUAUGCUAAUACUGAGGAAAAAAACAUUCUUGGUCAAUGUCCAAAAACGCAUUCAGGGUGGUCUUAAAGUUCUUCAGUAUUAUACCACGAAAGAAUGGGUUUUCCGAAAUGAUAACUUAAAGUUAUUAGCAAAUGAAAUGUCUGAUCGAGACAAGCAAAUAUUUUACAUGGAUACCAAACAAAUCAAUUGGGAUGAUUAUUUUAGGAAUUACAUAUUAGGAACGAGGCAAUUCUGUCUAAAGGAAGAUCCUGCAACAAUACCACAAGCUAGAAAACUCCUUAAAAGGCUAUAUUAUUUAGAUGUCCUGAAGAAUUGGGCUUUGGUUAUUGACUGA